UUUUUUAUAGCAACUCCGACCAUCAACGGCACUCCGAAACCCGUGAAAGAAAAAAGAGCAUAUACGAAGCGAAGUGAUACACCUAAGGGGCUGACAGAGAAGAAGCGACAGCAGAUUUUUGCUCAGCAGGAAGAGCUUGCCUCAUUGUUCGAAAACGCUAGAAAGUUCGGUGUUGAUCUGACUAAAUAUGAGCAACAAACGCGGAUACUCAAUGUGCAUGAGAUAGCUGAGUUAAAAUUGCUAAUCAAGUCUUCGCGAACACAAGAACGAGAGCAAGCUAGAGAGGCAAAAAGGAUGAAACUCAAAGCCAAGCAUGAAUGGGCAAAGAAAAGGGAUGAUUUGGACUGUGAUGAUCUGAAGGCACUUCCUGUCUACCCUGCUCUAACUCUUCCUCCUUGGCUGAAUGAUGAAGAGACCGUUUUUUAUCUUGAAUAUAGUAAUUUUUGCAUUGCCUUCCUUUGUAAUUUGAAUAUUCAACAAACGGCUAACACAUUAAUUCGGGUAUUGCAGGAACUGCUGCCUAUCAAGGAAGUGCGAGGUACGCAUCGAGUAAAUCUAACCGAUGUCAUUAUGGCAAUUCGAUGCGCUGACCCUCAAUAUAGUACCUACGCUGAUCUCAUGAAAAUUCUUCUAUCGGCAAGGACUGAUCGAGCAGAUGAAGAAGAUGGCGAUGAAGCUGACUUAUCCAAUAAAGACGAGAUUGCCUUGAUACAACUGCAAAAUUGUGACCCUGAUAAUAAAAUACACGGUGAAAGGAUACGAGAAAUGACCUACUUACAUGAAGAGAUCCGAUUAACACAUGGUGAAUAUCUUUUCUUCUACAGUGAGUAG